AUGAUCCUGUACGUAGUUGUUGAUCAAGGCUGCCAGCAUUGCGAGCUUUUCUACAAGGUGGGACAAUGUCUAUCAUCAGCCGGACUUGCGUUCUUGGGCCUUCUCACAGGACAGCCUUCUUCAAGGCUCCAACUACUAUUCCAUUCCAAGCUCAGGAAUGCGCUAGGCAGUGAUCUCAGUGAGAUAAAGCACAGAAACAAGGAAGUGUCCCAAGCGAGCAUGGCGGCUUCUCGCAGCAAUUCUAUGCAAACAAGAAGUCGCGGUCGCUCAACAAGCAGACAAAGAUGGCACGACGUGAUGGCAGAAACACCAAUGAAGCCGAACUCAGGAGCGUCCUUUCGUGAGCGCAUGUCAAAGUUUAAAAAGAUGUUGCAUUCGAGCAAAUUGGUCGACAAGAAGGAAGUGCCCAGUAGUAACAACUCGUCCACACAUCUACCUAGGCGUAGCUUUAGCAUUACCCGAUAUUCAAAGUCCGAUGGCAAUCAAGAAGAACAGCUCGACUACCGUUCAGUCAGCGAUGAGCCAGAAACUCCAUCACGUACGAUGCAGCAGCACAUAAUCAAGACAAGACAGUCUACCCCAGCUCUCCAUCAAUCGGGGAAACAUGAUGGAGAGUCUCGCAACCACACUCUUCGGGACUUUCAGGUUGUGCCCUUUACUGGCGUUACUAGCAUUUCCGAAGAACAGACUUUAUUACAAAGGCGACUCACUGAUCCGGAUGGCACCAUAACAAACUUCAAGAAACAGUACGACGACCUGAAACAACAGCUCAUAGAUAAAUGCAAUGAAGUCCGUCAAUUGCAAGAAGAUAACGAGAUAUUAAAGCGUCAAUGCAGCGAAGCUGCUACAAAGACGUACCAUCCAAAAGUUCAACUUCCCCUGAAUAGGCCCGAGAGUGAGCUCAUCAAGGACUGGCACACUCUGGCCUAUAGCGUUAACAACUUUGUCGACAAUCAUUUUCGUGAUGUCAACCACAGGAAAAUCGCGUCCUGGGCAAAGAUCCAACAGGACAAUCUUCGCGAAGUCACUGAAGUACCUCAAGAUAUCGUGACAAACCACGAAUCAGGUCUUGCACUGAUAAAGGCUACCAUGUGGCAUGCGCUCAGAAAGUUCACAUUUGGGGGCGUCGCUUCUGAAGGAGCUAUGUGUUGGGCUAGUCACUAUAAGGGAGAUUUGCGUAGACUCGCAAUAAAACUACAGGCCGACAACGUUGUCGAAGACUUUGUCCCUCUAAACUACCAGUGGAAAACCCUGACAACGAAUAUGAUCUCUAUCUUACAAACAUCCGAACAACGUGGUCAAGAAGUUGAGCAUGUGGUCAUGGACAUUGAUGAUCUUCUUGCGCCAUGUCGCCCACGGAUGCCAAGGCCUAGCCACUAUCAUCGUGACCUCCAAACUUUGGUCAACAAAGCUAUCGAGAUGGAUCUCUUUUUGUCUGGUCAAACGGCCGCUUAUUUCAUCAAGUGGCCAAUCAGUGGACAUUUAAAUGUCAAGUUUGAUCAAUUUUCUAUGAUGUUGGCUAUGGGAAGCCCGCCAGUAUCAAAGAAUUUGGUGAAAUUUGUGAUACAGCCAGGUCUCUAUCGAGCGGAUAGACAGGGUGACAGCUAUAACAGUUUUACCGUGUUAGAGAAAAGCAGAGUGUGGAUGCCAUAA